AUGCGCACGCCGGCGGAGGCACCGCCACGCCCCGGAAGUUGCGACACUUCCGGGCAGGCGCCUCUGUCAGCCUUCGGGCGUAGGGGAAAAACGGCGCCGCCUGAGCUGUGGGCGGUGCUAGAGCAGAGGUUCGGCCCCCUCACCAUCCUCACCGAGCUCGUGUGGCACUCCGAGGUGUUUACAGUAGAAGAAAUGAUGCUUCAUAUUCAAUAUUUGAAAGGAGCACACAGUAGGAAAAAGAAGAAAAACUACUGGCUGGUAGCAGUUCUUCAUGACAGACAAUUAAAUGAUCUUGGCAAGCAGUUAGGAGUUGGGAGUGGUAAUCUUCGGUUUGCUGAUGAAACAGCCAUGCUAGAAAAAGUGAAAGCUGGUCAAGGCUGUGCCACACCUUGGCACUCUUCUGUGAUGAUAGAGAUGGUUAAGUUUGUUCAGGAUUCAGCAUUUUCGGAAGGACAUGAAGAAGUAUACUUCCAUCCAGUGACUAAUGCUGCAACCAUGGAAUUGAGUCCUGAAGACUUGCUCAUAUUUGUGAAUGCUACAGGACAUGAUCCCAUAAUUCUAAACUUCGAUUAAAAGCUGACUGGGAACUGGGCAUGGUCUAGUUCUCUAGGCAGAGCAGGCUGGUCUCUUGAGUUCUAGGUCACCCAAGGACUACAUAUUCAGAUACUGAGUCCAAAAACAAGCCAAUUAGGCUAAUGCUU